CUCCACAGAAGGGCGUUCCCCGGGGAAAAUGAGCUGAAAUUUAAUUGGUGGAGGCGCCGCACCUGCACCUGGGACAGCGGUUUGUGAGACUCACUGCAGAGCGUGCCGGAGCAUGCGGCCGGAUUGCGUUAGUGGACUUGUUUAGCAGCGAUAUUUUAAAAGCAAGAUUUGAGUUGUCAGCUACUGGAUACUUCCAUCAUCUUUGGAUUAGCGACAAACAGAUGGAGGGAAUGCUGAUUCUUAAAUCGGCUUCUCUUCCCAACUGCUCACCUUCAGACUCCCGUUCUCCUCUGCUGCCAGUGGGUACUCAACAAGAUUUGGGUCUCCGAUCAUCUUCUGAACCACCUGCCAUACAUGUUACAGCUGUACCUCCACCACCACCUCCUCCUCCUCCGCCUCCUCCACCUCCUCCUCCUGCUAUUCUUCCCUCUCCUUUUGGCUCUCGUAAUGUUCAAAGACGUUCCAUGAAAAAGCUGAACUGGGAUACCAUUCCCAGCCAGCGCGUCCUGGGCAAACUGAAUGUGUGGACGUCUAGUCGGCCCCAGAGGGACCUGGUGCUUGAUAUUCGGAGCAUGGAAGAAUUGUUCAGUCACGUAGACAAACGAGCCUCGCUGUGCAAUUUAACAAGCCUGAAGAAGUGUGAUGGCAUAGAUCACCUUCCUCAGGAGCCUCAGGUCACAAUUCUUGACUCCAAAAGAAGUAUGAAUAUUGGAAUCUUCCUGAGACAUUUUAAGAGGCCUGUGACAGAAAUUGUACAGGACAUUCAUGAAGGGAACUGGCUCCGAUUUGGAAACGGGAAGUUGAAGGAGCUUUGUAAACUGCUGCCAGAGGAAAGUGAGGUUAAGCUGCUGAUGUCAUUCAGUGGGAACCUCUCUGUUUUACCUGAGGCUGACCAGUUCAUGGUGCAGUUGGUCAAAGUGCCGGGCUAUGGGGAGCGCUUGAAAAUGAUGGCACUGAGGGAAGAAUUUUUUCCUCUUAUGGAGGAGGUGAAGAACUCUGUUGCUACCAUGUCCAAAGCAGCUAAUGAACUGUUGGACUGCAAUGACCUCCACUCAGUCAUUCGACUGGUAUUAAAAGCCGGGAACUACAUGAAUGGUGGUCACAGUUCCAGCGUCAUUGGCUUUAGGAUGACUUCUCUUCUCAAGCUGGCAGACACCAAGGCUAACAAGCCAGGCAUGAACCUCAUGCACUAUGUUGCCAAGCAAGCAGAAUAUAUUGAUGCUGAGUUGCUGACUUUUCCCAACCAGCUUGAACACAUUGGGAUGGCAUCAAGAAUUUGUAAAGAGGAGGUCAUCUCAGAAUUUGAGAGGGAAGUCAAGAAAAUCAAAGAAGUGAAAUUGUACAGCAGCAGACAUCCUGGCCUCUUCCAACAAAUGCAGGCAUUUUUUAUGAGGGCAGAGGCAAAGCUUGCAGAAGUGGGGUCCUCUCUCCAGGAGCUAGAUUCUGUGAGCAAUGCUGUUGCUGAGUACUUCUGUGAAGACCCAGCUACCUUUAAGCUAGAGGAGUGCUGCUCUAUUUUUCACUCGUUUUGCAAGAGGUUUGACACAGCUGUACAGGAGAACCGAGAGCGAGAGGAAGCAGAGAGGAGGCACAAGCGGAAGGAGAGCAUGCGUGUAGCAGGCAAGCGCCGAUCCGCAGCAUCGGGAUCCAAUGGUGAAUCAGCAAGCCUGGAGUCAGCCCUGCACAGCUUUCUUUCUACAGUCCCAGAAGGGCUAGCCAGAUGCAGAAGGAAUGCACUGACCUCAACUGAAGGAUUGCCCUCUGAGUGCGCUCCCCACAUUGAGCCAUCAGCAGAAAAAACUGAGAAAAGGCCCCAUUCUAACCAAGAGAGCCAUGAGAAGAAACCAUUCAAAGUACAGAAAGAAGAUGCACUAAUAGCAAAACCAGAAAACAAGGAAGCUGCAAAAGUGGAAGAGAUCUCUCUGAAUGUGCUUUGCUACCAAAAAAGCACAAACGGUCUUGAUGGCGACAGAGUUUCAGGCACCCCUUGUCGCUUACAGAGAGAGCCAGACACAGUCGCUACUCCAAGAACACCUCGGCCUAGAACCAGAGACUACUUCUUUGCCAGCAAUGGGGAUGUGAGCUCGCCAUGGACUAUCCUGAGCCCUUUUAUUUGUGCUCAAAGAAACAGCCCCCAGCGAAACAGACCAGCCCACCAACGCAGGCUAUCAUCGACGUACGGUGGCAACAACCUUGGUGAUGGAGUCUGGAAGAGCGAUGAGGCCAGUGAUGAACCCAAAUACAUCAGUCAGUCAUCUCCAACUAGGGCUUCUGGAUCUCUUCCUGAAUGCCCCAGUCAGAGAGCUUUGCCACAGGGUGCAAUCCACAGGUCUCUUUCCGUGGAUGAAACUGCACAGUCCCCUACAUCUGGCUCCCGACUGGGAGACUUGUCACAGAAAAGCGCAUCUCAAAGGUCAUACUCCUCUGGCUCAAGGACAGAAAUUUUAAGAAAAGAGGGAACUGGAGUCAGUAAGGCUGCAAAUAAUGCAGAAGGGCAAGUCAGCGCCUCUGGAUUUAUAUCCUUCUUCAGGCGCAUUGGAGGCAGAAGCAAACCUGGUGAUCUGGAAGAGCAAAAUUUCAAAGGAUCUAGUACUUAAUACUUUUUUUAUUUGGAGAUGUAAACCAAGCGUUGUCUUUUUUUGUUAAACUUUUCUGUCUUUUUAAUGUUCUGGUUUUACCCUUCAGUGGAAACAAGGCAAACAUGGACUUGCUUUGAAUGGUGAAGGUUUUGAUUUUUGAGAGUCAAACCACAUUCAAAAAUCGCAACAGUUUUCUCACUUUUUAGUCUUUUUUGUGU